AUGCGAUGCGCGAGCAAGGCCGCCGAGAGCGCGUCCGCACGUCUAUGUGCGGACGCCGAAGCAGAAACCACAGCAACUGAUGUCUCAUCGGUUGCUGAAGCGACUCAGCCUGUGUCACUUGGUGAUGCAGGCGCUGGUCAUGAAGACACUCAUGUCUUCACAGAGUAUGAGCUCGGUGUCUCAUACUCUCCUGAUACGGAAGACGGAUCCGUAUCGACGGCGAUCGAAUCCAAGCCGCCUGCCAAGCAUGCGAAGGCGCUCGAAGUCGCAAGACUCGGGCGCUCACAGUCGUUUGUCGGUUCUCCUAUUGACACCACUUCGCAACGAGGUGCCAGUCCUUCUGUCGGCACAUCGCAGGAAGAGCGGGACCGCAAUGUGUUGCGUCUCGCUCCUGAGAAGAAGGCAUGGAUGCCUCUCAAAUCUGUCAUGGAUCACUUGUCGGCGACGACGAGUGAUCGUUGUCGAACACGGUUGUUCGAUUCGUCAAGGAUCCAUCACCUUGACCCCAGCGCGAAAAACUAUCGCGCUGAGAAUGAUUUCUUCAUCGAUGCUUUCUUUAGACAUCGAUGGUACAGUGGGAAUCACAAACGUGAUGGUCCCUCACUACUUCAAGCGUGGAACGCCUACAUCCAUAACCUUGAGGAUGUAGGUCGUGACGCUUGGAACGACAAACUAAUCAAAGCUCGUGAUAAGUUUGAAAAGCGAACCCCGACAGGUGCACGCUACAAUCUGCAUCGUCUGUCAAGGGAGAAAGGAAAACCCUGCCUCUCUUGGGGAGACUCGUGCCCAUGUUGGGUGAACAACUCUGCACGAGCACCUAAGGAGGCUUACCUCCUUAAUAGCCCGUGGUGGCGCGCACGGAUGUCUAGUGAGAUGUACGAAGGGAUUGACAACCUGAAAUCCCUUUACGACCGUUCCGGGAAGACUUUCUCCGGCGGUCCUUCUGCGGCACAGGAUGUGCCGCGUCGUACUGCUCAAUCAGACCCAGUACGUCAACCAUCAGUUGGGAGCGGGGCUCCCAAGUAUCCCAGGACGGGGGAUAGCCGCGCCACCGGACGAGAUAACUCGUCCGACGUCCGUUCACGUCGCGGUGGUUCAACAGCUGCUCAACCAGAUAGCGCUGGCCACCGCGAGAGUCCUCUAAUGGAGGUGGAGGAGGAGGGAAAACGCUCUUCACACAAUCGUGGGGAAGCGUGUGUUCCCAAGAGCUUCUUUGAUCGCGUAACGCAAGGGUUACGCGGCGAUCUCGAACAUGAGCGGGACAGGCGUCUCCAAAUGGCGGACACUGUCUUGAAGCAUCGAGCUGAGUUUGCCUUUGCUCAGCUCGAGAACGAGAGAGCUCUGACAUCUCUUCGUGACGAGCUAAGGGUAGCUCGUGGGAUUGUUGAUCGGUCUCGGGAUGAGAUAACUGCUCUUCAGACCCUUGUCGAUGCCCACCAUCGGGAGCACAAGGCUCUCUGCGAGAUACUUGAGCGCAAGGGCGUUCUUCAUCGAAAGAAGCAGCGUACUGAUGGUACGGCUUAA